UAUCCUAAAUUAGAAAUCCCAAAAAAUCUGCUAGCUGACUCAAUCAAAACAAAUAUAAUUGCUAAAAUGAGAAUAAUUAAAUUUUUGUGUCGCAGUCAUUUUCUUUCCUAUGCCACCUUUCCAACAACUUUAUUUUUUUGCUCAAAACGUCAUUUCUUGGCUUGCCCUUCAGUGAAACUCAGUUUAUGCCAAAAUCAAGGCAAAUUGACCAAGAUUAGGUACGGAAUUUACCUAAAUACAAGGUCAUCAAUGAGUUGUUCUGCAACUCCAGCAAUGGCAAGGGAGAAAGAAAUGGAACAAAUGGAUAGAAUAUUAGCUGCAAAAGAGGAUGACUAUGGUGGGGUGAUAGUGGAAAUGACUAAUGAGCCCUUGGACCCUUCUGUCUUUGCAUCUUUGCUUAGAGCCUCACUUUCUCAUUGGAGACAACAGGGUAAAAAAGGUGUUUGGAUCAAAUUGCCUAUUGAGCUUGUAACACUUAUAGAACCUGCUGUUAAGGAAGGAUUUUAUUACCACCAUGCAGAACCAAAAUACUUGAUGCUCGUGAGUUGGCUGCCUGGAACUGCUAACACUAUUCCAGCAAAUGCUACGCAUAGAGUGGGCAUUGGUGCUUUCGUCGUGAAUGAAAAGAAUGAGGUGCUAGUUGUCCAAGAAAAGAGUGGAAAAUUUCGUGGAACCGGUGUGUGGAAGUUCCCCACAGGAGUUGUUGAUGAGGGUGAAGAUAUAUGUGAUGCAGCUGUCAGAGAAGUGAAAGAAGAGACAGGAGUUGAUGCGAAGUUUGUAGAAAUACUGGCAUUCAGGCAAAGUCACAAGUCAUUUUUUGACAAGUCAGAUUUGUUCUUCGUCUGCAUGCUACAACCUCUCUCCUUUGAUAUCCAGAAGCAGGACACAGAAAUAGAGGCAGCCGAGUGGAUGCCAUUUGAACAGUACGCAGCUCAGCCAUUCGUCCAAGGACAUGAUCUUCCCAGAUACAUUUCUGACAUAUGCUCAGCAAAGAUACAGGGAAGGUAUACUGGAUUCUCAUCGGUUCCUACAGUGACGAGUUUUUCUGAGAAGAAUACUCACCUGUACAUGAAUAACAAUGUCAGAACAACUGGUCAUGAUGACCUCUAAUGUGACAGGAAGCUAAAAAAUUGAUUCUUCUCUUCCCCGUAGGUUGAAAAGGGAGAAAUAUUGAUAUUCAUGUGAAGUUUAUAAAGGUGCAAUUCUUUUUUAGUAUGAUGGAAUAACACGGGACGAGAAGUGUCCUCUGAUGGGAGGAUUGGGUUUCAGGUUUACAUUUUGUAUGUGAUACAUGAUGCAUGUAGUGUACAUCGAGAAUUAUUUGUAUAUUUAAGUUUCUUUGAUUGACCUUA